CCUUGUUGACAAUCGUGACAAUCAAAGGUUAAGUUGAAUAACGAAACGUUCUAAAACGAACUAAAUAUUUCCACUUCGCACAAUUUCACAGAUUAAUUUCCCUCGUUCAGGACAUCACAAAAAUGGCUUUAAAUUCCAGUUCCACGCUUUUGAAAUCAUUUUGUGGAUCGUGCAAUCCAUUCAGAGUGUUGGUUGCAUCGUAUCACCCAAAAGUGAUUGAUCAUUACGAAAACCCACGCAAUGUGGGCUCUUUGGACAAAAACGACCAAAGUGUGGGCACUGGCCUAGUAGGGGCGCCUGCUUGUGGAGAUGUCAUGAAGCUGCAAAUCAAAGUUGAUGAAAAUGGAAAAAUCGUGGAUGCCAAAUUCAAAACGUUUGGAUGUGGCUCAGCCAUCGCCAGCAGCUCUUAUACAACUGAAUGGGUGAAGGGAAAGUCAGUUGAUGAAGCACUGGGUCUGAAGAACACCGAAAUCGCUAAGGAAUUGUCUUUACCUCCAGUUAAGCUACAUUGCUCGAUGCUGGCAGAAGAUGCCAUAAAAGCCGCAUUAUCUGACUACAAAAUAAAGCAGAAGAAAGAAUCUCUACCAUAAGUUUGCACGGUUUUAAUGGGUACCAUAGGUUUGUUAAAAGCAUUGAGUAAACAGGAAUAAAUCAGAAAUUUCACUGUGCUGAUCUAUGGUAAUAAUUGAAUGUGAUAUUUUAGAGAACUAGUUGGAUUAAUGUAUUGAAAUAGAAACAAAAUAAAUUAGGUAAAUAGUAAAA